AUGCAAGAAUUCCAAACAGACCCUUCACAGGAUCUCGAACAUCACCCUAAACCUCAACAACCUAAAUCUCCUUCUCGAAGAGCAUAUUGGAAUCUGUCGCCGAAAGUCUUCGCUCUACAUGCUCGACUCUCUUUACCAAACAAAGUCCCACCAGAGACCGUGGCACGUACGUUAUUAGAUGCAUCGGCAGAACCACAUCCCAAAUUCAACAAUGCAUCUUUGGCUGUGCUUGGCCAAGACCUCCUCGCUUACUACACCACCGAACACCUGAUUUGUACCUAUCCUCGCCUUCCCAUGGCCGUGUUAUACGCUGCAAUGUAUGCGUACGUCAGCCCUAAGACACUCGCAAUUGUCGCUAGAGAAUGGGGUGUGGAGUUUGCUGCUGCACCGGGAUUGGAGGUAGAUCCGGGACUCCUUCAGUUCAAAAGGGUGGACCCAGGAGAUGAGGUUUCCCAAGAUCGUUCGAAUACGACGCGGCCACACGUCCGCCCAAAGUGGCGAAAAACGAUGUCGUCGAGUGUUAUUUAUGAUGAUAUUUUUGGAAACCCGGAUAUCAAGGCCGUACAUCCGAAAAGAAUUGAACCAAAACUUCCAGAUGCCGAAAGCAUUUCCGGUGUAACAGCCGAGAAAGCCUCAUCGACGUUUGUGCAGGCGAUGAUGGGCGCCAUUUAUUUGCAUGCCGGUCGUCCGACAGCCAAAAAGUUCUUCCAAGAACAUAUUCUGUCUCGUCACCUCGAUAUGUCCAAGUUGUUUUAUUUCGCACGGCCAAUUCAAGAUUUGGUCAAACUUUGCGGCCGCGAAAACUUCGAACGUCCCACUGCAAGGAUUGAGAGCGAGACUGGUCGCCACAGCAGACACCCGGUUUUCGUGGUUGGAGUGUACUCUGGCAAGGAUAAACUGGGUGAAGGCGCAGGAUCGAGUAUUGUGGAAGCCAGGACUCGUGCUGCGGUUGCAGCUCUCAAGAGCUGGUAUCUCUAUAGCCCCUUGGAUGUUAAAGUGCCCAGUUCGACGGAAGAAACAGGCACUAAGUCAUGGAAACCUGUCCACGUGGAUCUUGGAGAAAUUUGCUUCUAA